AUGAAAGCCGCUCUUUUCGCAUCGCUCACGCCGUCGUCGUCGUCUUCUCCAGCAACUCCUACCUUUGAUCGCGCUCGCAAAUACCGUCCUCCUCCUACAUCCUUCCACUCCUCCGUUCAAGUCAUCGACGAAGAGUUCGGCACGCCUCGCACCAGCACUCAAGUCAAGCAGGCCUGCCUCGACUCGCAUCCCAACUCGGACGCAGAGAGCAACCACUCCAACGACGACGUCGACGAUAUCGAAAGCACCGCACGCACUCCGUCCCUUGUCCGAUCCUCGCUCAGCUUGGCAUCGCAAUCCGCAAGAGAUCCACCAACACAAUCAGCCCCCUCUUCUCCACAAAUCUCUAAACUACUCGCCAUGACGACUCGCGUUUCGACGGACCAAGACCGACCUGCGCAUGGCCGCGGCACCGCUGCUGAGCAAGGCGCUGCGCUCCGUGCAGCUGCUGACCGCGAAACGGGUCGAGUCCCUCACUCGGAUGCACACCGGAGCUCGCGACGUUCAUCUCGCCGCACCAGUGCUCACGACUCGCCGCGCACCUCGGACCGUGUGCUGGACGAUGACCAGCGCACCACGUCGCCUCGUCACUAUUCCCCGCGCACCUCGGUCGAUCAUCAUGACAGGCCGUCUCGUCGUGAUUCCAGGCGUCAGCCUCGCCAGCGCGAGCUCGACGCCCACGAUGAGGAGGCACCUGUAAGUGAAAAGAAACGCGCCGGCACGGCUGCAGCGCAAGGCGCUGCCUUUCGCAAAGGCCAAAAGCCUACUUUGCCGACGGCCGAGGAGACCCGAGAGGCGCGCGAGCGUCACCUCCGUGCAGCUUACGGCGAAACACCCAAGCUCGGCAAAGGCUCGCCCGUCAAGCCACCCGUCUACCCCAUGACCGGUAUCGACAACUUGGCGCUGUUGAUGGAAGACGAUGCGUAUACCACUUCGUGCUUCUCGAUCUACAUGUUCAAGUCCGAGCUAGACCUCGAGACCGUCGACAACUUUUUCGAGGUUCUUGCCGAGACUUAUCCCAAAUAUCGCUACGUCGUCGACCUCGAUCCUAAGCUCUCCAAGCAGCUUGAAAAGCAGACCGCCAGUAGCCCGCCUGGCACAUCUCCUCCUCGCAACGAGAAGGACAACGGCCGUCGCACCCGCUACGGUAAGGGUCUCAAAGCCGGGUCCCUGUUCUCUCCAGCUCGUUGGAGGUACGUGCCUGACUUUGAUAUUCGUGAGAACAUCGAGCACGUCGCACAGUGUCCGGACGGUGGAGACGACCAGGCGCUCAACAAGCUGGCUGGUCACUUCCUCGGUCGACACUACGACUACUCGAAACCAAUCUGGGAGGCCAUGGUUGUCAACGGCCUCAACACCUCGGACGGCGGUCGCAGCGCGCUCAUGAUCAAGAUCCACCACUGCUUCUCGGACGGUCAAGGUAUGAUUCAGAGCUACCAUGCCGCUCUCGGGGCGCUCGAGCAGGGUAUCGGCAUUCGCGACAUCCAGAACAAGGUUGACUCCAACACUUCGCAGAACAAGCGACCCGGUCAGCGUGAGGACAAGCCCACAAUGUGGGGCACCAUCCAACACGCCGGCCACCUCAUCCGUGGACUCUACUUCCGCAAGCGCAAGUCGUUCCUCUACCAGGAGAAACGCAAACGCGUGCCGGGUCGUCGCUACUGCCACAGCGAAGGCAUCGACAUGGGCGACAUCAAGAUGAUCCGCAAGGCGUACGGCAACGAAAAGCUCAACCUCACGCUGAACGAUGUCGCACUGGCCAUCCUCGCCCGUGCGCUCCGCAUCGCUUCCGAACGUGUUGAUCCCAGCAGGAGGCACAAGGACAAGCGCGUCGCCAUCUUUGUGCCCAUCUCGGUGCGUCCCAAGGGUGACUGGUCGCUGAGCAAUGCUACCACGGGUUCCAUCGCCUGGCUUCGCUUCGAAAAGGAGGAGAAGCCCAACUUUGAAGAGCAGCUGGCGCAGGUGCAUCGCGAGAUGGGCCGCGUCAAGCGUUCCCACGGGCCCAAGAUUCUGUUUAAAGUGUUUGACGCUUUCUGCAAGCGACGCAUCACUUACUUGCCCAACUAUCCAUUGUUCCGUCAGUUCUACUACCGCGCCUUCCGCGAGUAUCACGUCGCCACCAACGUUCCUGGUCCGCCCAAGCCGGUCAAAUUUGGCGAGCACGAGGCGUACAGCUACCACGUGCUACCGCCUUCGAGUCCCGGCAAGUCGACCAUGGCCAUCGGCAUGAUUUCGUAUGCCAACGAUUUUUCGCUCGCCGUGUCGUGCGACGACGUGCCCGAGUUUGAGCAUCUUGCGGAGGAGAUUUGCAAGGCGUUCCAGGAUGCAGCGGCGCAGAUCAUUGAAGCGGCGAAUCAAAAGCUUGCUUCUAACAAAGAGGCGGCGCCUGCCAAGGCGCAAUGA